AUGCAACCAGACUUCUUGAGCCAGCCGUCCCCGACUGCCUUGUCCACUCACGUGUUUGCAAAACAUCCUCCCGAUCACAAGCACACUCAAGGUGCCACACCAAUGUGCUGCCCACGUGAGGGAAUUUCGGUGCAAGAAUACACGCCGGGAUGGUCAGCAAAAUGCAUGACCAUGUGGAUGAAAUGGAUUUGCUAUGAGUUGGCCUUUAUUUAUUCGAUCACGGAGACGGCAUUCUCCAUUCCCCCAACCAGCCUGGCAAUGGUCCGUGGAAUAUCUUGUCAUCCCGUCACCCUUAAUGCUGACAUCAAAGGUGUACGUGUGUGA